UCUCUGCUCCUCUCUCCUGUGAGCCCCAUUCCUGCCUGCCUCCUCCUCCACGGAUCGAUCCCUCCUCCUCCAGAAGCUGCGGGAGGCUGCUCGGAUCUCCGUACGCCGUGGGGUUGGAAAUGCAAUCAGGUCUACACCUCUGAGGAAAUUGUUUUCAUUAUCUUGUCAAAAUGGAGAAAAUGCAGCAUCCGCAAUCAAGGAAAUCCAGCUCAUGGUGGUGGGAUAGCCAUAUUAGUCCAAAAAAUUCUAAGUGGCUCUCUGAAAAUUUAGAAGAGAUGGAAACACAGAUAAAAGAGACAUUGGAGCUUAUCGAGGAAGGGGAAUCCUCUGAAGAAAAGGCUGGUGUUCUUAUUACUCACGUACAGAACUUUCAUCAGAUGUAUCGUGCUCUUGCUGAGCGGUAUGGCAAUGUGACUGGAGAAUUGCGCAAAAAUAUCCCAUCAUCACUACAAUCACAUGUCUCUUCCGGCAUCUCAGAAUCAGAUUCUGAGGCACAGUCUCCUUCAUCGCCAGAGCCUGACUUGCAAGAGAAGAUGUCACAGCAAAAGCAAAAACCACAAUCAGAUUGCUUUGAUGUUUCUAUUGGCUCUGGUGCGAGUUCUGAUGUAUCCAAGAAGGGGAGUGAUGGGUCUUCAUCAUCUUCAGAAUCUGAUUUAGAGCUUGAUGAGGUUAAAGAAGCAAAUGACAACAGCAUUUUGUAUGCCCUGAGUCAAAAAAUUAUUGAGCUUGAGGAUAAGCUUCGUGAAGUAAAGGGGAAACUUGAUGCUUCAGAGGAAAAGAACUCGCGCUGCCAAUGUAAUUUUGGUGCUAACUCAGAAGUGUCUGAGCAUGAGGAAAAGCAACAGGAUUCAGACGUGGAAACCAAAAGCCUUCUGAAGGAUCUUGAUGAAGUCAAAAGUGAAAAGGAAGCAUUGGAAGCUGUGUUAUUGGUGAACAAAGAUGAGAUUGAUAGGCUGAAGGAAUCAAUGGUGUCAGCAGCCAAGCAGUUUGAAGUUGAGUUGGCACAUCAUGAUACUAAAAUUGAUAAGUGCAACCAGGAGCUUGAGGUGCUUUCAGAAAAGUAUGUACAUGAUGUAUCUGCUCUUGAGGCUGAACUUGGAAAACUCCAGGGAGUUAUCAAGACAUUUGAAGAUGACUUUGCAAAAAUAUCACAUGAGAAAUCGCUACUUGAGUCUCGGGUUGAAGAUCUUGAGCAGUCAGCUGACAGCUUAAAUUAUUCGGCUUCUGAGAUGGUUAAGCUGCAAGAACUUUUGAAGAAUACACAAGCAGAAUUAGAAAGGGUUUCACAGGAGAAAGAAGUGCUCAGAGAGCGUGCUCAUGAAUUUGAGCAACUUUUUAGGGACUUUGAGAAUUCCGGCAUGGAGGUUGCAAAGCUACCAGAAAUCAUAAAGGACCUGGAAGCCCAGAUAGAGGGAACACUACAGGAGAAAUCUGUACUUCAGGACAGGAUUAAGGAGCUGGAACAGGUUUCCCAUGAUUCCCUGCAGAACCAUUCACUGGAGAAGUCCUCUCUGAGUGCUGAGCUUUCAAAAUUAUCUGAAACCAAUGCUUCUCUUGAAGCCAAGUUGGCAUCCGUGGAGGCAGAGCUCAGACAAGUUUAUGACGAAAAGGCUGAACAAUCCAUCAACAGUGAGAAGCAAAUUUCCGGGCUGAAUCAAGAUCUCGCCAAUGUUAAAUCCAAGCUGGAAUUGCUGUCGUCCGAGAAAUCCCUGGUGAACAACAAGGUGGCCACUCUACUAACUGACGUUACAACUCGUGACGAAAAGCUGAAACAGAUGGAUGGUCACCUGAGCCAGCUUCAGCUCGAGCGUGCCAAGCUCAUGUCACAUGCUGAUCUUGCUCGCAAGUCCCUGUCUGAACUGCACGCGCGUGUAUGCAAGCUCGAGCAAGAGGUGGAGAUGCAGAAGCUUGUGAUCUCUGAGAGCGCCGAGGGGAAGCGUGAGGCGAUCAGGCAGCUGUGCUUCUCCCUCGAGCACUACCGCAGCGGCUACCAGGAGCUGCGGCAGCUGCUGCACGGCCAGAAGAGGCCAUUGGUGAUGGCAACAUGACAAAGUGAAUGAAACCUGAUGAUGCACAUCCUUCUUCUUGGAUGCUUUGGAGUAUUGUUCUGUCAAUGGCAAUGCAUAUGCUUUCUUGUUUCUCUCUUCUGGAGUAUACCUGUAGCUUGCUUCUCUCUAGAACCUGUGUGUCCUAUGGCUUCUUUGAUGUGUAUCUACAAUCUCUGAUGGGAUGGAUAAUGAAUGCUGUUCCUUGUGUACUCUUGCUACAUUUUGUUACUGUCGUCAGGUAUUGAACAUAGCGAUGUCUAUGAAUCUGCAUUUUUGUUUGAAUCUUUGCAAGAUGAUGUCAGUUGUCAACUUGUGCAAUGCCUGGAUUAUCAUUGUGCAAUCGAAUCAAUGAUGAGUUUGACAAGGGUG